ACAUUGCCUAUCCUUCGCCGGAAGGGUUUCCAUGUUACUCCAGUGUCUACUUUGGCUGUGCUGUCCACUUCUUUGUAGGAAAGUAAAAUCAGUUUAAAGUGUGCUUCUCUACCUCAGCUGCUACGACAUGGCGGGAAACUUCUGGCAAAGUUCUCAUUAUCUGCAGUGGGUUCUGGACAAGCAGGACCUGAUGAAAGAGCGCCAGAAGGAUCUGAAAUUUCUUUCAGAAGAGGAGUACUGGAAGCUGCAGAUUUUCUUUGCGAAUGUGAUCCAGGCUCUGGGAGAACACCUGAAGCUGCGACAGCAGGUCAUUGCAACUGCAACUGUCUACUUCAAACGCUUCUAUGCCAGGUAUUCCCUGAAAAGUAUAGAUCCGGUGCUCAUGGCUCCGACCUGUGUUUUCCUGGCUUCUAAAGUUGAGGAAUUUGGAGUUGUGUCCAAUACCAGGCUGAUCUCUGCAGCAACAUCUGUGUUGAAAACAAGAUUUUCCUAUGCCUUUCCAAAGGAGUUCCCUUACAGAAUGAAUCAUAUAUUAGAAUGUGAAUUUUACCUUCUGGAGUUGAUGGACUGCUGUCUGAUUGUGUACCACCCCUACAGACCACUGUUGCAGUAUGUGCAGGAUAUGGGGCAGGAGGACAUGCUGCUGCCCUUGGCCUGGCGAAUAGUGAAUGACACAUACAGGACAGAUCUGUGUCUCCUCUACCCUCCCUUCAUGAUUGCCUUGGCCUGCCUGCAUGUCGCCUGCGUGGUGCAGCAGAAGGAUGCCAGGCAGUGGUUUGCGGAGCUCUCUGUUGACAUGGACAAAAUCCUGGAGAUUAUCCGCGUCAUUCUGAAGCUGUACGACCAGUGGAAAAACUUUGAUGACAGGAAGGAGAUAGCUGCCGUGCUAAACAAGAUGCCUAAGCCCAAACCUCCUCCUAACAGUGAGAGUGACCAGAGCUCCAAUGGGAACCAAAGCAACUCCUACAGCCAGUCUUAGCAUGCGCAGCGUUUAUAUUUCCAUGGAUAUCGAUAAUGUUGAUGUAGAGAGGGGUGGAUCUUUUUUUUUUUUUUUAAAUGUCAAACCGCAAGACCUACGAGGUGUCAGCUGGCAAAAACACAUUUCAGCCGACUGAGAUACAGACACCCCCAACAAAUUCUUGAGAGCCAUUUCUUCACUUUUCCCCCCAUCUCUGAUCACUAUGGGUUUAUGGAUUGAGCGAGCAGCCACUGAAAUGCCUGCAGCAAAGAGCCGAUCAGUUUUGUCGUCUCGUAGAGGCUUCUACUCUGCUCCAGACUUCGAAUGAACAAAAACUGAGAAACAUUUGGCAGGAGAUCAGAUGUGGUGGUUCAGUAGAAACCUGUUUAAAUGUCAUUGUGAUGAUCCUGACAUCCUUGAAUAGCCCAGAGGAGUGAGUCCUUUCAUGUGGAGCUCCAUGGGAUUCGAGAAAACUUGAUCACAAGGGGGGGGGUGGGUGUGUGUGUGUGUGUGUGUGUGCGCGCGCGCGCGCGUGUAUGUGUGCGUGUGUGUGUACACAACGUGAGUGGCCAAGUGGUCUGGGUGGGUUUUCAUUCCUCAGGGACGAGGGUAGUCUUCUCUGUAAAAGGAUUUGAUCCUGUGCUGUUAGAGUAGAUCUGAUUGGAUAUCACCCAGUGCAACUGUGAUUGGAUAACUCCUGCCCUGUGAGGUCUGUGCUGGUUGAUCAUGAACCUUGGCAGGAAAAAUCCCAAGAGAGGCUCCUCUUUAUGGUAGAAAUUAACUCUUUGAUUACAAGAAUUUACUGUUUUGAAUCAUGACAACGCCACCUCCUCCCUCCCAUUCCCACUUUCCUUAUGUAAAUAGUCUUAUAAUUCAAUUCAUUUAUUUUGAUCUUUCAUUUUUUUUCUCAGUUAAGGAAACCUAAAUGGAAAUCAUGAGCUAGUAUCACUUCGUACUUGUACUUCAGAUGAAAGUGCCCUUGUUUGUUUCACUGUCAUGAUUCUGUUUGCCUGCUGCAAUGCUUAUUAAUUUUAUUGUCAUUAUUUUCCAUUUGUUCUGUUUUAGUUGCAGAAUAAUGUAUUGUCCAAAGUUGUUUUUUGUAAAACUUUUAUUAAUUUGUCAAGGAAACGUUUUUGGAGUAAAUACAAAUUACAAUCGUUCUAGAUUUGUCUGCAAAGCUUUGGUUGUACAUUCUAAUUUUUAAUCUGCCAUCUAUUUAAUCACUGAAUUGUGGCAAUAUGUGUUAAUUGUCUCUAUAUUUUGUGGUAUAAUACAGUGGGAGUUGUAUGUGGCUUGACUCAAAACAAGGUUCUUGAAAGCCUUACAAAAUAAAAGCUGCUGGUUACGUGGGGAAAACCUUCAUAAAAAGCCCAUUGUUCCGUCAGGCAGACUGGAAAAUGUAUUUUAGGGGUGGAUUUGGUGGCAAUGCUUGACCGCAUCUUCCUCAUUGGCUUCCUGUACGCCUCAUUUUUGUCACUAUUGGAAAAAGGUACAAAAACAUGGUGCUACACCAAACACAGGUGAGCUGGAGAAGCCACUGAGUCAAGUUCGAUGCAGCCUCUUUCUGCUUUGCCUUCUGGCGUUUUCCUCCCUUUCAGCCGGCUCCAUCUGUUACAUGACUGUUCACAUGAACGGCGUCAAAAUAAAAGGGCUUCACCCCACUUUAAUAUUCCUACUAGUUCUGGUAAGAACAUUUCCCAAAAUUGUUUUAUUACUUGAAACUGUUUAUGUUGGAAGAUCAUUUAUGGUCAAAUAAAAUGUAUUGUGUGCAAAGCAAA